UUAGUGUGCUGAACCCACGUGUUGGGAAGCAUGGCGGAGAUGGAGAGCGUGGACGGCGCCGAAACCAAGCCUUCCAAAGAGAAGAUGAAGAACGGCCACCGGCCUGCCGACCGCCAAGGCCUGCUGAAGCACAGCCGCGAGUUCUUGGAUUUCUUCUGGGACAUUGCAAAGCCGCAGCAGGAGACGCGACUUGAGGCCACGGAGAAGCUGUUGGAGUAUCUGCGCACCAGGCCAAAGGGGUCCGAAAUGAAGUACGCCCUGAAACGCCUUAUCACCGGACUCGGAGUCGGGCGAGAAACUGCCCGGCCCUGUUACAGUCUGGCCCUGGCACAGCUUUUACAGUCUUUUGAAGACAUCCCCCUGUGCAGCAUCUUGGAGCAAAUACAAGAGAAACACAACCUGCAGAAGGUUAAGAAGACCAUGAUGAGACCGGCUCUCUUUGGAAAUCUGUUUGGGGUACUUGCCCUCUUCCAGUCAGGCAGGCUAGUGAAGGACCCAGAGGCACUCCUGAAGUCAGUGCAGCUGCUGCAGACCCUGGCUGAGCAUUCCAACCAUCUGCAGGAGCAGCCCCAGAAGGCCUUGGUGGAUAUUCUCUCUGAGGUGCCCGUGGCCACGCUGAAGGAGAUCCUGCCAAAGGUCCUCACAGACGGCUUAAAUUCGGUGCUGAGCUCCCCUGAGCACCUGGCACUCUUCCUCCUGGCCCGGGAGAAAGUGCCCGUGAAACUCAAGAAGCUGAUGGGAUUGGUCGACCUUUUCUCAGCUGAGAACAUCCCCAGGCUGAUAGGUGUGCUGAAGACGGCGGCUACCUCCACAAGGAAGGAGCUCCAGCUACCUGACGUGGUCCUGAACCUGCUCCGUCUGGCACUGCGGGAGGACAAGUUCCCCCAAUUCUGGAACGAUGUCAUCGACCAGGGGCUCAUGAAGAAGCGUUGCUGGCCGGCAAACUACAUGUGUUUCCGCCUCCUGGGCGCCGCCCUGCCCCUGCUGUCCACGGAGCAGCUGCAGCUGGCGAUGCAGGGAGACCUGAUCCGGGUUUUGGGAGAGCACGUGCUUACUUCCCAGGGGCCAGGCAAAUACAGGUUUGCUCCCGAGAUGACUAAGUAUGUGAACACCUUCCUGGAAGGCUGCCGGGAAGACCCCGAGCGGCAGUUGGCUGCAAUGGUGGCCUUCACCUCCGUCACCAACCAUGGCCAGCCUGUCACAUCUACCAGCUGGCGUGUGGUGGAGUCCCUGAGCGUCCCCGCUCUCAGGGCCUAUGCGGCCUGGCUCCGGGACAUGUUUCUACAGCCCCGCCUGGACUCCUUGGUGGACUUCAGCACAAGCCACCAGGAGAAGAACAAGGACACAUCGUCAUAUGGGCCUGAGUAUCAUGUGUUGCGGCUCCGGAAAUGGAUCAUCUUCCGCCUGGUCAACCUCGUGGGAAACCUGCAUGUGGAAAAGGAGGAGGCACUGGUUGAGGAGGUGGUCAGGUUUUGCUUCUUCCAUGCAUUCUUCGAGACCAAGAAGCCGGAGCCACAGAUCCCAGAGACCAAGCAGCAGUUCUCCAUCCCCGUGGCGGCCCAGACCCGCGAAAUGGUCAGCUCUGCCUUCUUCAGCCUGCUGCAGGCCCUCAACACUCAGUUCAAGGCAGUGCGGGAGCGGGCCCUGGUGAAGCAACCCUGGUCAUACCGCCUGGUGCAGUUCGCAGACAUGCUGCUGAGCCACAGCCACCAUGUGGCCGCCCUGAAGCCCUUCACGAAGCCGCAGCACCAGGCCUGGAACCGGAUGCUGCAGACACUGAAGGAGCUGGAAGCGCUCUCCUCCGAUUCUGUGGCUGACACCAGGGCCAAAGGCAUGGCCUUCCAGCACCUGUUCCUCUUCGUGGGCAUCCACCUCUUCAAGAACCCUGAAGAGAGUUGUGACCUUCUGGGUGACAUCCAGACUUGCAUGACGAAGAGCAUGGGGGAGAAGGCCCGCCGGAAGCGCUCUAAGGCCACCUCCCCCCAGGAGCCACCGUGGGUGGAGGUGCUGGUAGAGAUCUUGCUGGCCCUGCUGGCCCAGCCCAGCCACCUGGUACGCCUGGUGACCCGGACUGUGUUCAGCCACAUCUGCUCACACUUGACCCCAAGGGCCCUGCAGCUCAUCCUGGAUGUGCUGAACCCCGAGAAGAGCCAGGACGAUGAGGAGGAGGAGACUGUGGUGGUCACAGACGAUUCCCAGAGGCUCACAGAAUCUGCAGAGGACCAGGACUCUGACAGCGAGGAUGCAGACUCAGGGAGUGAGAGUGAUGGAGAGAGCGGUGAGGAGAGCGGCGAGGAGGAGCGGGACGGGGACGUGGACCAGGGUUUCCGGGAGCAGCUGAUGGCGGUGCUGCAGGCCGGGAAGGCACUGGGGGAUGUGGACGGCGAAGAUGGCGACGACGACGAUGAGGAGCUGGGUGACGAGGCCAUGAUGGCCCUGGACCAGAACCUUUCCAGCCUCUUCGCCGAGCAGAAGCUGCGCAUCCAGGCCCGGAGAGACGAGAAGAACAAGCUACAGAAGGAGAAGGCGCUCCGGCGGAACUUCCAGAUCAGAGUCCUGGACCUGAUCCGAGUGAUGGUGACCAAGCAGCCCGAGAACCCCCUGGUCCUGGAGCUGCUCAAACCACUGCUGGACAUCAUCCGCUGCACUAUGCGCUCCAGCAGCACCCCCCAGGAGAAGGACCUCCUGCAGAAGACAGCCCGCAUCUUCUCACAAGACCUGUUCCACGCCCGACAGUACUGCCGUGACUUGGACAAUGCUGAGGAGAUGCUGCACCCCCGGCUGGCGUGGCUGGUGCAGCAGGCAGGCCGCCAGGUGGACGCCUCCAUCUCCCUCUACUACUUCAACGGCUCACUCUACCUGCUGCGUGUCUUGAAGGGUAACGCCGUCCAUAAGGCCCAGGGAGAGACCACCAGUGACUGCGACAAACCUGGAGACCCCAAGGCUCCCAGCGGCUUGAACCUGAGCUUCGUGGUCCCGCUCUACUCGUCAGCGCUGAGCUCCUUCCUGACCAGGCGCAACAGCCCCCUCACGGCCCCCAUGUUCCUCAGCCUCUUCACACGGCACCCAGUGCUCUGUAAGGAACUGCUUCCUGUCAUUGUCCGCCACAUGGCAGACCCCGUGCGGCCCCGCCAGCAGGGCCAGGCCUGUGCGCUGCUGCAGAAGAUGCUGUCCAUGGGGGAGCUCAGGCCAUGCUUUGAGGAUGCUGACUGGCAGAAGCUCAUCAGCCAGGUCCUGGCGAAGGUCACUGAGAAUGUGCGCAUGCUGGGGCAGGCUGAGAACAAGACGGAGCUGCAGAAGGAGCUGUCCUCCUUGGAACUGCUCAACACGGUCAUCAGGAAUGUUCGUCAAAGGAAGCUCUCCACGGACCUGACCGGCAUCCUGGCCGUGCUGCGGGGCCAGCAGCCUGCCCUACAGCAGAGGGAGCUUGAGGUGGGCUCCAGCCGGCUCCACGACCUCUACUGGCAGGCCAUGAAGUUACUAGGAGUUCAGCGCCCCAAGUUAGAGAAAAAAGAUGCCAAGGAAGUUUCCAGUGACACUCAGAGCCCCAUUAGCACAAAGCGGAAGAAAAAGGGUUUCUUGCCAGAAACCAAGAAGCGUAAGAAACGUAAGGCAGAAGGUGUCACCCCAGAGGAUGCUAAGCCUGCACCCCCCAGUGGGGACCAGCCGCCCAGCACAGGGAAGAAGAGGAAGAGGAGAAGAAGGAACAAGGCAAAGGGCCAGGUCCCAGCCCAGUCCCCAGUGAAUGGGGUACCUGCCACUGAGAGUCCAGUGCCAGCUCCACCCACCACAAGCCCCAGUGCCCCUGCCAAGACCCCGAAACAGCCAAAGAAAAAACAGAAGCUUUCUCAGGUGAAUGGAAUCUCUGUCCUGUCCCCCACUGACCCUGUCGGCAAGCAGCAGCAGCAACAGGAUCCUCCAGCAAAGGCGGUGUCAGGCAAGACCCCACAGACACCCCAGCCACGGAAAAAGGCCAAGUUGUCUCUGGCCAGCGGGAGCCCCAGUCUCCCUCAGAAGGAGGCCAAGAAGAAGAAAGUGCAGGCGAGGAAGGGGGACAAGCCAUGAGUGCAGGCUUUGCCCACCAGCCCCCAAGGACGCACACUGGCCUGGGGCUGGGGCGGCUGCCCCUUGAGCGUGGCCCUGGGGGUACGGAGCCUCUGAUCCUGGGCUGGACCUGCAGGCUCUCUGUCCAGGAGCUGCUGAGCCACAGGAGUGGGGAGGUCACUUCCCAGCAGUGUGUCUAGGGUCGGGGCCCGCUCAACAGCCCAUGCUCUUCCGUCAUCACGAAUCCCCAACCCCUGGGUCACUGCCGAGGGAGCCACCAGCCAUGAUUUAAAUAGGUUUAUUUCUUCAUUUACAAGGAAUAUAUUUGGCUUCUCUUAAGACUCUGAGAUUCACAAUCAGCAGCUCUAAAAAAUAAAGGAGCAGUUUGGCUUCCGGAAGGAAGAGGAGGCAACA